GGCCGACGCUCUAUCCACUGAGCCAAACCGGUUUCGGCAAGUUGUUGUUUUUUAAUUAACUUUAUUGAGAUACAAUUUACCAACAAUAAACUCAUGUUAAGUUCAAUGAGUUUUGCAGAUAUAUAGGCCCAUGCCACCACUGCCACAACCAAGGUAGAGAACAUUUCCGUCACCCCAGAGGUCCCCAUGGCCCUCACACACCCAGCCCAGGCAGCCCCUGACACGCUUCCCAUCACUGCAGAUGUGAUCUGUCUUUCCCCAGAGCUUCGUAUAAAUGGAAUCAUGCAGGACAACCCAGGCUUACUCAGGAAAAAUCUCUCUAGAUAAGAAGAAACCAGUUUUUUAUUUUCUUAGAAAAUAAGAAAAUCCAUUUAACCUUGGCCACUCUAUCAUGGGUUAGAGCGUCCUUCUGAAAUGCUAAGGUUUCAGGUUAGAUCUCUGGUCAGCACACAUACAAAAAUCAACCAGUGACUGCAUAAAUAAGUGGAACAACAAACCUCUCUCUCUCUCUCUCUCUCUCUCUCUCUCUCUCUCUCUCUCUCAAUAAAUUAAAAAAAUUUUUUUAAAGAAAAUCCAUUUAAAGUGUGAGUUGUUUCCUUCUAACAAGCAAACCACUAUUCAUUCUCUCUGGAAAGUGAACAUACUGUAAAUAAUUUUCUUGACUAUAUAUUUCAAUUGGUUCAAAAUCUCUGCCUCCUCCCUCCUCACCCCUCCUUCAGUUUCUGUUUCCAUUUUCCUCUGAUGUCUUGUUUAUUUUGCUAGAAUUUGAAAGUGUUAUUGAUGUUAUGCUUAUGGGUAUUUCUAGUUUCCUUUAACCUUGGGAUACAAAUUGAUUUUUCACGGGCUAAUUUCAUCUUCAAGAUUCCUUGGCUUGAAUUUGGCCCAUUCAUUGAUCUAAAAUGGUUGCGAAGCCAUGGAGCAGAACGAGGCAGAUCCUAACCUACGUGGUGAAUGAAAGUCACCGUGGCUUUCGUCAUUGUGGCAGGAUUGUAUGUGUUUCUUCCUAUUGUGCCCUUCUUUUAAGGCUACCUUUACAGUCCUCCCAGUCUCUACUGUCCCUUUAAACCUAAAUUCUGCAGGUGAGAGCAAAUCAGCUCUUUUUCCACUGUUCUCUCUGUGCUCCUGAGCGGGUCAAGGAGGGAAUGUACCAGGAUGACCCAGAGGUGAUCCCAGCUCCCUGGCUCCAGCACCGUCCACACACAAAGCAGCACGCAGCACACAGAACUCAGUGGCUGGCCAGCCGUGACCUUAGCUGAGGGGGCAGGUGGCCCCCUCAUCUCCCAGCACCCAGCCCUUCCGACAGACAUCCCGUGUUUACAGCAUCCUUUGAAAAAGACUCUGAAUAAGAUGCAACCUGGGACCAGGAAAUGAAGCUGCACCUAAUCACAUAACUGGCUCAUUUCAGGGUUUGGGAACAAGGAUCCCACCUCUCCCGCAGGGGGAGGAAUGUUUGUGGAACACAGACUGAAGCCACUGGUGAAGUUAGUGUCUGUUGUUUUGGGAACUUGGACAAUUUUGUCCUGAAUCUGAGGCUUUAGGGGGCUUGAAAGGCCACCUCGAGAUGUCCGGCUGUGCCAGCUCCUCCCUGGGACUUCAGUAAGGUGCACGGGAGACAUGAAGCAGUCCGACGCUGCCUGACUUAAAGCCGGUAACGGAAAACAGCGUCCUGAGCUGGUGACAGACCUACUCCGUGGCUCUCAGUGGAUUCAGCUCUCACAUUCCAGAAAACAUGACCCUCGCUGCCUACAAGGAAAAGAUGAAGGAGCUCCCACUGGUGUCUCUGUUCUGCUCCUGUUUCCUGGCCGACCCCCUGAAUAAGUCAUCCUAUAACUAUGAAGGCUGGUGUGGGAGACAGUGUAGGAGAAAAGAUCAAAGCCAGCGGAAAGACAGUGCUGACUGGAGAGAAAGAAGAGAGCAGGCUGACACGGUGGACCUGAACUGGUGUGUGAUCUCCGACAUGGAAGUCAUCGAGCUGAACAAAUGCACCUCCGGCCAGUCCUUUGAAGUCAUCCUGAAGCCGCCCUCCUUUGAUGGGGUGCCCGAGUUCAAUGCCUCCCUCCCCAGGCGGCGAGACCCAUCGCUGGAAGAGAUACAGAAGAAACUAGAAGCAGCUGAAGAGCGAAGGAAGUACCAGGAAGCUGAGCUCCUGAAGCACCUCGCCGAGAAACGGGAACACGAGCGGGAGGUGAUCCAAAAAGCCAUCGAGGAGAACAAUAACUUCAUCAAGAUGGCUAAAGAAAAACUGGCCCAGAAGAUGGAAUCCAAUAAGGAGAACCGGGAGGCCCACCUUGCUGCCAUGUUGGAACGGCUGCAAGAGAAGGACAAGCACGCGGAAGAGGUGCGGAAAAACAAGGAGCUGAAGGAAGAGGCCUCCAGGUAAAGCCCAGAGGCCAAAGAAGUUUCCAGAACAGCCGGACAGCUCCAGCAGCUCCGCGUUCCCGAGGCAGCCUCGCCCGCCGCUGGCUGCUCUCGCAGCACUGGGGUUUGGGGGGAGGGGGGCGACCAGGGGUGUUCCCUCUGCUUUUGGUGUUUGUACAUGUAAAGAAUUGAUCAGUGAAGCCAUCCUAUUUGUUUCUGGGGAACAAUGAUGGGGUGGGAGAGGGGAGAGGAGAGAGGUGGGAGAGGGAGAUGGAGAAGGAUUCAUGGACAUUGCAACCCUGCCCACCGCAGACUCAGGUCAAGUCCAGGCACCACGUUGAGAAGUUGAAAACAGAGCAGAAGUCUGAGGGAAGGGCAGAGUCCUGAGUGGGGCAGUGGCUGCAGGGUGCGGCCACGGUACCCAGCAAGGGGGUGGGGGGCCCCGGAGGUGUUGCUUCAGCCCUGCAACAGGUGGGAUGAGGUCUGAGUGUGUGUGUGUUAACCAUCAUCUUUUGAUCAUCAUGACCAAUGAAACAUUGA